AUGGCUGGGAUUUCUAGUGAAGAUUCUGGAGUGGGAAGGUCUAUGGAGGGGAUUUCAAGUGGGCAGCGCUGCCUGUCUGGGGAAGCCUUAGCUGAAUGGCGGUCCUCUGAGCAGGUGGAAAAUGGAACCCCAUCUACUUCGCCCCCUUAUUGGGACUCUGACGACGACGACGACGGUGGGCCCAAACCGUCUGAGUUAUAUGGAAAAUAUACAUGGAAGAUAGAGAAAUUUUCUCAGAUUAACAAAAGAGAACUUCGUAGUAAUGCCUUUGAGGUUGGCGGCUACAAAUGGUAUAUUCUAAUCUAUCCCCAGGGUUGUGAUGUUUGCAAUCAUCUCUCUUUGUUUCUUUGUGUAGCUAAUCAUGACAAACUUCUUCCAGGUUGGAGUCAUUUUGCACAGUUUACAAUAGCUGUGGUAAAUAAAGAUCCUAAGAAGUCGAAAUAUUCUGAUACAUUACAUCGAUUUUGGAAGAAAGAGCAUGACUGGGGGUGGAAAAAAUUUAUGGAGCUGUCAAAAGUAUUAGAUGGGUUUAUUGAUGCUGACACUCUUAUAAUAAAGGCUCAAGUUCAAGUGAUCAGGGAGAAAGCAGACCGGCCAUUCCGCUGUCUUGACUGUCAAUAUAGGAGAGAACUUGUUAGGGUAUACUUGACAAAUGUAGAGCAAAUCUGUCGUCGUUUUGUGGAGGAGAGAAGAAGCAAACUUGGAAAGUUGAUAGAGGAUAAAGCUAGAUGGACAAGCUUUCGCUCCUUCUGGUUGGGUAUUGAACAAAAUGCUAGGCGCCGUAUGUCCAGGGAGAAGAUGGAUGCAGUCCUGAAAGUAGUCGUUAAGCAUUUUUUCAUUGAGAAAGAAGUCACAUCUACAUUGGUAAUGGAUUCAUUGUAUAGUGGUUUGAAGGCUCUUGAAGGCCAAACUAAAUCCAAGAAAGGUAGGGUGAAACUAUUGGAGGCUGAAGAAAUGCCAGCACCAAUUGUUCGUGUGGAGAAAGAUGCGUUUGUAUUGGUGGAUGAUGUGCUAUUGCUACUUGAGAGGGCUGCCAUGGAACCAUUACCUCCAAAAGAUGAGAAGGGUCCUCAAAAUCGUACAAAAGAUGGAAAUUCUGGAGAGGACUUCAACAAAGAUUCUAUCGAGCGAGAUGAAAGACGUCUUACGGAAUUGGGUCGUAGGACUGUGGAAAUAUUUGUGCUUGCCCAUAUUUUCAGCAAUAAAAUUGAAGUUGCCUAUCAUGAAUCUGUUGCAUUGAAGAGGCAAGAGGAACUCAUCCGUGAGGAAGAGGCAGCAUGGCAGGCUGAAAGUGAGCAAAAGGCAAAACGAGGAGCAACUGAAAAGGAAAAGAAGUCAAAGAAAAAACAGGCUAAACAGAAGAGGAAUAACCGGAAGGGGAAAGACAAAGGGAGGGAGGAAAGGCCUGAUAUACCAGUACAAGAGAAACAAGAAGAAGAAAACCCCACUGAGGAAAUGAAAGAUUACACAAGGGAUGAGGAGCAACCGGAGCUUGAAAAGCCAGAAACACUGGAUGAUGUAUCUGAUGUGUCUGAUUCAGUGGAUGGUGUUACUGAAGUACCUCAGCUUGAUUCUGAAGACAGAGAUGCUGGUCCAAUAAAUUGGGACACUGACACAUCAGAAGUCCAUCCUCCCACUGAAGCCAGCAGCAGUGGAAUUAGUGGGCUGUCAUCUGUGCAAAAUGGAGUAUCUGAAAGAAAGAGCCCAUCUGUGAUGGAUGAUAGUUCCUCAACAUGUUCCACAGACUCAGUCCCAUCAGUGGUAAUGAAUGGGCCAUAUAAGGGGAACUCCUUUUCUAAUUACAAAAACCAAAAAUCACCUAGCAGGGGGAAACAUCAGCGUGGCAAGGCAACAAGUGAUGGGAAUAAUUGGCCAAAUGAGAUGGAUAAUCAGCCUUCUGGACCUGUAGCUGAUGCCGGAUUUCUGAAUGAUGUUUCUGGAAGUAGUAAUAAGGUGCGUGAAUCUGAGUCUGAGCCUGCUGUUCAUUCAUUGCAGGAUCGGAUUAAGUGGCUGGAGCAGCAUGUUGUUAAGAAGGAGGAAGAAGUUGUUUCACUGCAGAAAAAAUUGAGUAUCAAGGAUCAGGUUGAUUUGGAAAGACCGUUGAAAGAGAAGACAUCGGCAGUAACAUCCUCACCUGGAAGCCCACCUAAAAUUGUGCCCUUGACGGGUCAACCGAAGUCAGAGUGCCAGAGUAGUGCUGUUAUAGAUUCUGUUCCACUUAGGAAGGGAUCCUCAAUCAGUGCACAGCAUACUGAUAGAGUGACACCUUUGACUACUACAUCCCAGAAUAACGGUGUGUCCAAACCUGAGACUCAGAAGGCUGCAACUCCAAAACCAGCUGAAAAAGCCAUGGCACAGCAAGUGCCUGUGUUGUCUAGGCCUUCCAGUGCUCCUCUGGUUCCUGGUCCCAGGCCUACUUCUGCUGUUGUGCCUAUUGUUCAAACAGCUCCUCUGCUUGCUCGUUCAGUAAGUGCAGCUGGCCGGUUGGGUCCUGACCCAUCACCAGCAACUCAUAGUUAUGUUCCCCAGUCAUAUAGAAAUGCCAUUCUGGGUAACCAUGUAGCUUCAGGUUCAACUGGUAUGACGCAUAACUCUCCAACCUCAGGAGUGAACCCAUCCCCAGUAUACUCACAGUCACCAGCCUUGGUAUCUGCCCCAAUGUUCUUACCUCAGGGCUCUGAAAUGAUGGACCCAAGCUCAGUUAAAUCAGGUUUUUCGUUUGGGAUGGUAACUCGGGAUGCGUUGCAUAAUGGACCCCAAUGGAUGGAGAGUUCUCAAAGGGAAUCGAUCAAAGGCAUGAAUUACGAUCCUUCCUCCUUGCUUCAUGAUCAAAAUUUUGACUUCUACAAACCGCCUUUACAUAGCAGGCCACAGGAACAUUUGUCCACUGAGUUCCCAGCCUGUACAUCUGGGCGUCAGACCCAAGGUGUAUCGGCUGAUGAAUUCCCUCACCUUGAUAUCAUCAAUGAUUUGCUUGAUGAUGAGCAUGGCUUUGGACCUGCUAGAGGAAGCUCAGUCUUCCACCCCUUCAGCAACGGGCCAACCCACUUAAAUCGGCAGUUUUCUUACCCCGGUGAUUUGGGCAUGUCUAGCGACACGGGGUCUGCAACCAGCUCUUGUAGGUUCGAGCGGACACGGAGUUACCAAGAUGAUGGGUUCCAGAGGGGCUACUCUUUAGGGGGACAUUUCGAAUCACUUAGGGAAUUUACUCCGCAAGCUGGUCCGCCACCUUACGUGAAUGGGCAGAUUGAUGGGUUAAUUCCUAACCAGUGGCCGAUGGCAAAUUCUGAUCUAUCUGUACUUGGCAUGAGGAACACAGAAUCUGAGGGCUACCCUUACUACAGUCCUGAAUAUUCGAACAUGGCAUGUGGGGUGAAUGGGUACACUGUAUUCCGGCCUUCAAAUGGUCAGUGA